UGUCCUCACACGUGAGCAUCUGACAAUUUAAGUUGCUGACAUCGGAGUAGGAGUUUCCAUAGUGUGGAGUAUAUAAUCUCCGCUUCACAACACUAGGCUACGAUCCAGCCUUAUUGAAAGGAGCGGGAUACUCAACAACAAACAGGUCGCUUUUGACUGAAGAAAUCUUGGAAGCGAGCGGAUCAGGCAGAAGCAAAGAUGACUACAUCUGCAGCUGAAAUGAAGACGUGCUAUGAGGAGCAGGGCUACCUCUCUGCAAUCCCUGUGCUGAGUGAGACGGAGCUCAGGGAGGCCAGACAAGCCUUUUCCAAACUGGAGGAGAAAUUUGGGACAGAGUACACUCAGUACAGCCUCCACAAUGUUCAUCUUCAGUAUCCGUGGGUGAUGAACCUGACCAAACACCCCCAGAUUCUGAGAGUGGUCCAAGCCGUCCUGGGUGCUGACGUUAUCCUGCUGGACUCACGUUUCAUCUGUAAAUACCCGGCGGUGAAGGCAGAGACCAUCCAUGAAGGAAAUCAAAGCAAACCUGGCGAGAAUGACGAAGAAGAAACACUUCCUUAUGUGGCAUGGCACCAGGAUAUGAGGUAUUGGGGUAUUGAUGGUGGACCUGUUCUCUCCGUUUGGCUCGCUCUUGACGACUCUCUUAAAGAAAACGGUGCCCUACAAGUUAUUCCAGGCAGCCACUGCGCCGGUAUGUUGCAGCAUCGUCAAGCCGUACGUCCAGGAAAUAUGCUUUCAGUCAACCAGGAGAUCCCUGAAGAGCUGGUGCAGGUGGAGGAAGCUGUGUUCUGCCCCCUAAAAGCAGGACAGAUGUCUAUUCAUGAUGGACUUCUUGUCCAUGCAAGUGAUUCCAACAUGUCUCAGAGGAGGCGCUGUGGCUUCGUGAUCCGAUACGUUCCCACCUGUGCAUACCCCAUACAGGAUUCGGAUCGCCCACGGAAAUUUAACGCAACCAUGCUGGCUUGUGGGAUCGACCAGUUCCAUCAUUUCUCCAACAAAAGUGCUUAGGAUCUGAGGAUGAACCAAACCAAGUGUUUUCAAUGUUCAUGAAAUAAUAUAAACAUAAGAGAGCUAGCUGAUUUUAAUACAUAUUUAUCUCUAUUUAAAUUAAAAAUGUUAUGAGUGUUUGGAGAUUUAAGAAGUUACAAAAAAAUCUGCUCUUGUUCGUUAUGUGUGAAACUCAAUAAAUUGGAAAAUAUAAAAACAAAAAAAAAUUGUUUUUCUAUUAUGUUACAAUGUGGACUGAAACUGUUUUACAAAAUAAAAAUAGGCAAACUGCAGCAAAUAUGAUAGUAUUUUAGGAUUUAGGGUUUUAAAAUUAAAUUAAAACUAUUUCUUCAAGCAUAUUACUCUUCAUGAGAGUUGACAAAACUGUUAAAGUAGGUCUUUUCAACUUUAACACAUUCAAUAAUAACUUUUUAAUCACGGUUUUCAUUUUUUUCCUGUAUUAUUUGCCAUGACACACUCUUGUGUUAUUAUGUUUGGUCAAAUCUUUUACACUAAAUAAAUUCAGUUUCCCAAGA